UUCGUUGACCAUCCAUCCAUUCACCGAGCAAUGCAUCCAUUACACCGUCGACGAAUCAGUCCACAUAUGGCUCAUUGCCCGCCACGCUUACAGUCUGACGCACGCGCCGUUCGCUCACGUAGCAGACAGCCAUGCACACACACGUCGUGUCAUGACCCAUACAUAUAUAAUAAAAAGGAGGAAGGCCACACACACGUGCCCGCCUCCAUACGUGCAUGCGUCAUACAUAAUAAAGGGAGCACACGCAUACGGCACGCAUCGCCCAAACACACAGCCCCUCUGUAAAUGGGCGAUCGAUGCCACAUAUAUAGAAAUGAUCUGAUCUGAGGCGCCGCCACUCUACCACUCUCGCCCCUGCGCCGCGCCCCGAGCCGAGUGAUUGACGCACCCCCACAUGCACCCUCACACCCACACGCACCAAAAAGAGCUCAUUAGAAGAGAAGGCGCAGAGAGAGGGCAGGCAGGCAGCCAGGCACCGCACCACAACGCACAACACACAACACCACACGUCACGUCACGUCUGUCUGCCGCCUGCUGGUGGGCCGGCUGUCUGGCUGGCCAAUUAGUAGUCGAAGUGCAGCAUGCGACCGUCAGUGAAUGCGAAAAACUCAUUGGCGUCAACCUGAACAAACAACACAUACACAUGUGUGUAUGAUGCACAUGGAUGCAUGGAUUGAUGCCACUCCCUCCCUGCCUCCCUCUUUCGCCCAACAGCACCUCGUUGACGCCGUCCCUGACGUCUUCCAUGGAGAGGCCGUGUUUGGUGAGGCAGCCGGGGCACACGUGGAUGGGCACGCCCUUGGCUAGCAGGCGGCCGAGGAGAUCGUCCUUCGUAACAUUGCCCUCGAAGGCCUCGACGGCGAAGUCCUCUGCUGACUUGGCCAUCAGUGGGGGGCAGUCCACAUCACAGAACACAAUCACGUCCUUGCCCAUGUUGGCCUAGUAGAUGCACACACACACACAGCGAGACAGACAGACAUGUGUGUACAGCACAGCGUGUGUGUGUCCCGACCAGCACCCAGCCACCCACGCACCAUUCUAUUGGCCAUGCUGAGAGCCAUGAGAACGCGAUGCUGCUCCUCAGGGCCAGCCGUCAUAUGGACCAUCUGCAGUACACACCACGCACACGUGCAGGAAGAGAAGAUCAUCGACACACACACACACACACACACAGCCCUCCCCCCCUCCAUCCAUGCAAUGCAUCUGCCACUCACCACUCCAUCGGUGGCGGUCUCCUGAGCGACACUCUUCUGCAGGGCAACGGCGCCGACAACCAGUGCAGCCACUGCGACGGCGGCAGUGACGACGAGCGCCACGAUGGCUGCGGCGCUGGACAGCUUCAUGCCAUGGUGGCCGUGGGCGAAGCCUCUGUCGGUGGCCUCGGACGUGGUGCGGAUCUUGCCGCCUGACUCGAUGUCUGUCAUUCUCACUCACUCACUCACUCUUCGAGAUGCCCUCAACAUGCGUUACGGCCGUCACCCCCCCGGCCUCGCUGCACGCUGCGACCACUGCAACCAGCCC